AUGGCUAUGGUCUCCGGACUGCGCUCCCACACGGAGCACUGCCGGCCGGGCGACCUGCUGGUUGUCGUGCAUGAAUUUGUUGCCCGCAGCCCGGACGAGCUUGACCUGAAGCGGGGGGAUCGCGUCGAGCUGAUCGAGCGCGACGACGACUUCGGCGAUGGCUGGUUCCUGGGCAAGAACACAGAGAGCGGGGAGAACGGGCUGUUCCCUGAAGUCUACACGCGACCUGCCCCAGCACCCUCCACGACCAACGUGCCCAUGCACUCGCGCGACACCUCGAAUGCCUCGCAGCUGCAAACGCCUACGCAGCCCGUUGCGCCUGGCACCGCGACCUCGCUGUCGUCGCCGUCGACGCAGCCGCUGAGCGCACCCAAGUCGCCUGCCCUCGGCCAGGGCCCAACAGAGCCCCUGAACGUAGCGAACGCGAACGCUGGCGCCGUGGGUGCGCGCAGGACCUCGCUGAAUGCCGCGCCACGGAGCAUCAGCAUGACACUGAAUGGCGAAGAGCCCUAUGAAGAGCCCACAAUAGGGAGCCCAGUCAUGAACGAGACGUUGAGCGUCAUCGACGAGCACAUCACCGACAUGAGCACGCCGCGUCAUAGCGCAGCCGUAGCUCAGCGAGAUCUGAAGCCCGGCAACAUGAACAACGACUCUGGAAGCGAGUACAGCAGCCACCACCGUCUGUCGUACAUCAAUGGCCAGGAAACAGACGACGAGGAGCAGAACUUCCACACAGAAGAGGAGGUCAAGACAUGGUCGCCAGGGCGUGUGGCCGAGUACCUGGAGGAUGUGGGCGUCGAGAGGAAACACUGCGACGUCUUCAAAGACCAGGACAUCGACGGCGAGGCGUUGCUGGGUGUGGACCGCAAUUUCAUCUUCAUGAAGGAAUUCGAUUUGGGGCCAAUGGGGCCUCGUCUGCGCACGUGGAUGAAGAUCAAUGCCCUACAGCAGGAGGUCCGCAAUGCAAAAGAGGCUGCCAAAGCUCUGACGCCGCACGAUAGUCUUGAGGACUUUACACCAAUGGCGGAGACAAUUACAAGAAACAGAGCUUCUUCGUUGGGUGCAGGCAUGCUACCGCGGAUACCUACACUGAGGGAAAGCAUGGGUUCUCGAGGAAGCACUGGUCGCCAGAACACGCCCCGCACAAUGUCUUCUAUAGGACGCUCGACAAGCUCGAUGAUUGAGCCGACAUCUCCACUAAUCAACACAAUUCCAGCUUCUCCACCACUCGGCACCCGCCCUUCUGCAGCUUCUGUUCGCAGUCUCAACCACAACAGGCGGCAUUCCUCAAUUGACUACAAUGUAAAUCUGCCAGCUCCAGGCAAUGUCAAACCUGCAUCAACAGUGCCUGUUGGGCCAGCGCACAGGAAAGCUCCAUCAUUUGACCGCAACUGGACCAUGGGAUCGCCCCAGAAGACUUCGCACGAUCUACAGCGUCCCGUCUCCUCGAACCACAUGCACACCUCGAGCACCAAUGGAACAGCUUUUGAUACCAGAGAAGCCGGCUUGAACGUAGCAAACGAUUUGGACCGAGGCUACUUCUCGGGCGGCGAGGUCGACAAUCGCAAGAACCGUAAUCUGCUUCGAAAGCGAGAUAGUGACAACCCUGUCCGCAACCCUAGCAUUAGCACAUCGUAUAGCCGCCGGCAUAGCAGGAUUGGCAGUGCUGAGUCAGCCAUGCGACAAGGCGCUGUGUCUCCUGCGGCUAAGCAGUACUAUGGAGGAAGUGUCAAGAGCGACCGCUCGAGCGCUUUUGACUUUAUACGUCCUCUAAAACCAGCCAACGAAGGACCGCCCACCGUUACCAAGCUCAGCUAUGACACACCCAGCAUCGAUGCAAUCGCGAAUUCGCCAGCGCUUCCUGGCAGUGAAACGUCAUCGACUGGUCGUGCCUCACCUUCGCCAGGAGGAGUCACACAAUCGAAUUCUUUCUUCAGCAAGAAGUCACGCGCAGCUGGCCUCAGGGCUAUAUCGGAUGCCAUCACUGGUGGGGAGAGGGCAAAUGCGAGCGCUGUGGAUGUCGCUCACUCGUCGAACAAAGAUUCGCCUAUGCAGUCACCAACGAGGACAGGAUCAAGCACACCUUCUGGAACAUCGGUAUCGAAGAGCUUUGAGCUUGACAAGGGUGAUAGGCGACAUACCAGUGGCUCCAAUGCAACCAAAGAGGUGGUGGCCAAGAAAAAGGCCAGCAAACAUGGCACUAGCGCCUAUCUCAAGGGCCGUCAACAGAUUACACCACAGGAAGCCAUGAAGAACUGUGACUACAGCGGAUGGAUGAAAAAGAAGUCUUCCAGCUUGAUGACAACGUGGAAAACUCGUCUGUUUGUGCUGCGAGGCCGACGUCUGUCGUACUAUUACAGCGAGAACGACACAGAAGAAAAGGGCCUCAUCGACAUCUCCUCGCACCGUGUGCUGCCGGCAAACAAUGAAAGAAUGACCGGUCUACACGCGUCCAUCACCCGCGCAGCCUCGUCGCCAUCUUCUCCUCACAAUGCUACCAUCGAGACGACAGCAUCUGUCGACAGCGCGAAAGCUGCGAACAGUGUCGAGGAGAACAUGGAUGGCAUGUUCAUCUUCAAGCUGGUCCCACCCCGCGCUGGUCUGCAGAAGGGGGUGCAAUUCACCAAGCCUAUUGUGCACUAUUUUGCCGUCGAUAGCCUGGCAGUAGGCCGACUGUGGAUGGCAGCACUCAUGAAAGCCACAAUCGACCGCGAUGAGGGCCUUCCCUUCACCACUACGUAUCAGCAGAAGACCAUUUCAUUAGAAAAGGCUCGUGCCAUGCGCCAGCGUCCACCAAAUCUGAUGGAUGAAGAAGAUGUUGACACAGCAUCUAGCAAGAGGAGCGAGCUUGGCAAAGAAAGCAUCCAAGGAAGUACCAUCCACGAAGAAGAUGAGAAGCAAGGCCUCGCUAUUUCAGGACUUGACGAUGCACAGGCACUGCUAAAUUAUGCCGACAAUGGCUCGUACGAAGCAUCCUCAGUCAACGAGUCGGAACAUGAGCAGCAGCAGCAGCCGCAGGAUAAGCCACUCCUACCAAACGUCACCUGA